ACAGACCCACGAUUGGAAUACUAGUCCAUUAUUUACCACCACAAAAACACUGAAAGUGUAUUGACUAGGAACGAACUAACGAACACUUUUGAUAUUGAUCUAGUCUGGACCUAUUAUUGCUAUAAUACAUUAAUAGAUGCAAGUGCAAAUAUGGCAGAUACACUGUUCUUCAAAAGAUCACAGUCCAUGUACCCAUACUGGGUAAAUAUGCCACCUACUGUUCCACGAUAUCCAGCUUCCCAAGAUAUGUUCAGGCGAGAAGAGCCAGACAAAUACACCCAAAGGAAAGGCACAGCUGGUUAUCAAAACUGGACUGACAAGUGGUAUGAUUGGGGUCAUCCAGUCAGAAGACUUGAAGAGUUGCCAAAAAUUAUUGACCGCCAUGAGCCAGUGUCCAGGCCAUGGGAUUAUGGAGUUCAUAUGGGCAUUUCUGGACAGUCCAAGUGGACAAAAGAAGGAAAGGAUUGGCCUGUUGAUAACAAGAAAUAUCUCAAAAAUGGAGUGCCCAACACAGAAAACCAUCGGGCAAGGGCUAUCAGAGAGUUGAGCUUUAAGGAUGAAAAACUCUACCCAUUCUCAAACUACAUGACAUCAACUUAUCGGAAGCCAGUGUACUCUGUUUGUGGUCCUAUGCAAAAAGAUCCGGUAUUUGGACUGACCAGGCAAAGGAAUCGUCAUGGAUUCAUGCCAUUUGAAGAUUAUUAUUAACCUGUGUGAGUGAAUUUGUUUGAUAUAAUAGUGAUGUAAAAAUGAAAUCCAUACCCAUCAUAUAAAAAAAAAUAACACAAGUUUGUAAGUUUAAUAAUGAUUUAUAUAA